AUGUCCCUGGAAAACACACCUUCCGACUAUACUUCCUCGACAUCGGUGGAAGUAGGGACCAACAACGCCAAAAGGUUACAAACCGUUUUUCGAGUAGCCCUACAGUCCAAUAAGCAGAGCUCCGGGUUCCAUCCUCGAAGGUCACACAAGAAAUCACGAGCCGGCUGCCUCACUUGUAAAAAGCGAAGAGUUAAGUGUGACGAGCAAAAGCCAGAAUGUUCGAGUUGUGAGAAAAGGGAUCUUAGAUGUUGCUAUCCAUCGGAAGAAGCUCUUCAAAUGGAUGCACAUUCCUCGAGCGGGAGGUCAUCCAAAGAGCGCUCGAGUUCAACUUUGUUCUCCCUCACGCUUGACAAUAUCACCAGAGACAUUCAGGAGGCCUUGAAUUUGGGUGUUGCAUCCAAGUCAGGUGCAUUAUGGAAUCGAAAUACCACUCUACCCAUGAGCACAGUGGCAUUCCACAAUUUUGUGAGACGUUCAACGGAGACCAUAGCCAGCCCUGCCAUUCGGAAUGUUAUGAGAACCGAUAUGAUUCAGGUUUCCUUUACAAGCCCGCAUUUGAUGUACACAAUCCUCGCAGUUGGCAUGCUACAUCUGAAUCGCGCCUCGCCUAGCAAAGAGCGAUCUGUCGCAGAAUCAUAUUUCUGGCAACAUGCUCUUCAAAAUUACCAAAAGGCUCUAUCCUCAAAUGUCCGCAAGGACAAUGUCGAUGCCCUUUUAUCCAGUUGCAUGCUUAUGAGCGUCAUGACCGUCUGCCCUGAAAAUUUCCAGCCAACAGAUUCAUGGGUUCUCACCAACAAGCCAGAGGCCAUGAAUUGGCUUUGCCUCCAAAGCGGAUUCCGGUGUAUCUUAACACUCGCCUCGCAAUAUAUCCCUUCCAGUAUCUGGGGCACGGCAUUCGCAGGAAUCGGCAAAGAAGAAGACAAGAUCUUUGACAAUAUCCAGCAAGGCCGUGAAGGCCUUGAUCCGGAUCUAGCGGAUCUUUGCGGGAUCGACGACUGGACAACGGAUAAAACCAGCAUUUACUACAGUCCACUUCGCAUUCUCACUUCACUUUUGAAAUUGGAGCGAGACGCUCUAAACUCUGGACAUUGUACCUCAUUCAUGGGCCGGUUAGAUUGUGACUUUGUCAAUCUCUUGAGGGAGAAAGAUCCGCCCGCUCUAAUUAUUCUGGCGCACUGGAUGGGCCUUAUGUGUUGUCUGUCGCAGUGGCAGCCAUGGAUUGAGGGAAGGAUUAGGGGAGAGUGCAUUGCAAUAUGCAUGUUUCUGGAGCAUAGUACUAACCCCCUGGUUAUACGACUUUUACGAUUCCCCGCGGAUUCAUGUGGAUAUAAGCUCCAUUAUAAUGAUUCAUGA